AUGAGGCAGCUCAUAGGGUUUAGAAUAAGGAGACGGGUAAGACGAGUCUCUAGAUGGAUUCUCGGGAAAACCCGGAUCCGUCGUUUCGGAUACAACCGGUUACAUCCGACGAGACCAACUCGUACUCGCAAGAUGACACUACCGAUCACCAAACUCAAAAACUGGAGCCAACGUCUCACGCAAAGGUUCAGCUUAUUAGGAUCUACGAGAGGAUCUGAGUGCAAACCUGGCCCGGUUCCAAGAGGACACUUAGCGGUUUACGUGGGUCAAAAAGAAGGUGACGUUCGUAGAGAUCUGGUUCCCAUUGUUUACUUUAACCAUCCUCUGUUCGGUGAGCUACUCAGAGAAUCUGAGAAAGAGUAUGGAUUCCGACACGAAGGUGGAAUCACUAUACCUUGUUUGUAUUCAGACUUCCAACGUGUCAAAACCCGAAUCGCUUCCGGGUUGGAUUCUCGGAUAUUUCCAUGGAGUCGUCUUUGCAGCAGUUAA